AGCAUCAGUAUUGUGAUGCCACAAUGGUCCACAGCUCUGCCCCGGGGCAGCACGGAGGCCAGGGAGACCAGGAAAGGACACUCACGAGGAAGUCCACCCGAGCCAGCGCUGAGCCCCCACCACCGGGUUGCCCACCCAUGGCUCCCCAGCGCCUGCCCCUCGUGGCCGCCUUGGCCUGGGCCCUCCUGGCGCUGCCCUCCUUCUGGGCCCAGGAAGCCCACUGCAUCCGGACCCCCUGCCAGCAGCACUGCCGCUACCGCAAGCCCCCGGUCUCGGACCACUGGUCGGGCCACUGGGUGCCCCUGAUGAUCAUCGUGGGGGGCUGCUGCGGCCUGGCCUGGUGCAUCCUCUUUGUGGGCUGCGAGGCCAGCCAGAGGGCCCGCAAGGAGCUGCCCCAGCUGCCCCAGCUGCCCCCCGAGGAGGCCGAGGAGGCCGAGGAGGAGGAGAUCCCCCCAGAAAAGACGCCCCUGCCCCCCGCUGUCCAAAGGGAACUGAGCCGGAUUUUGUUCCGACGGGACAGCCAAAACUCAAACGUCGGGAACGGGAUCCAAGAGCGGCAGGAAAACCCCGUCUCGGACGACGUGAGCAAAAGCGUGAUCAAACUGGAACGGAAAGGCAAGAGCGAGAGGCUCUCCGCGGACAAAAGCAUCCUCCAACUCUCUAGGGAAGCCACCAGCAAGAGUUUGGUGUCAGAGCCGAACCAAAGUAUCAUCCAGUUGGCCAAGAAAGCCACGAGUUCAAAUCACGGCAUCCUUCCCAUCGGAUCCGUAACCCAAGUGGGAAGCAAUAUUCUGUUGGAGAAAGUCGGGAGCGCGACGCAAGUAGAGGACGGCUUCGGUGGUCAAUUGGCGAAUAAUCCGAUGUACGAAAGGGUCGGGAGCGUGACACGAUUGGCAAGCCAAACAAUACUGGAGACGAGCAGAAGAGCGACGCUUUUCCGCGACGAGGCCUUGCCGCGACUGCCCAAGGAAAGCGAAAACUCGAACCCGGGUUUGUGGAGCUUCGUGGAGAAAGAGCUGGAAAUUUUGCUCCAAGCUUUGCGCCUCCGACGGCCCGUGAGAAGCGCAACGUCGGCUUCGGAGAAACUCAGCGCCAUGCUCUCCAGGGAGGACAAGGCGGUGGGCACGGAUGCCAAGGAUGUGCCAUGUGUGCCGAACACGAUCGCCAUGAACACGAUAGCAACAAAUACGCCGAUAACCAUGCACAUGCCUAAUACGAUGGAUAUGCCAAACACGAUGGCCACAGAUAUGCCGAUAACCAUGCACAUGCCUAACGCGAUGGCCAUGGAUAUGCCGAAUACGAUGCCCAUGCGCAUGCCCAGCACGAUGGCCAUGGAUAUGCCGAAUACGAUGCCCAUGCGCAUGCCCAGCACGACGGCCAUGGAUAUGCUGAAUACGAUAGCCACGAGUAUGUCGAAUACGAUAGCCACAAAUAUGUCGAACACGAUGGCCUCGAAUAUGUCGAACCCGGCCUCGAAUAUGUCGAACUCAAUGACGAACACGAUGGCCAUGGAUAUGUCGAACACGAUGCUGAACAUGAUGCCCAUGGAUAUGCCCAACACAUUGGCUAGAGAUAUGUCGAAUACGAUGCCCAUGGAUAUGCCAAACACGAUGCGCAUGGAUAUGUCGAAUACGAUGCCCAUGGAUAUGCCGAAUAUGAUGCCCAUGGAUAUGCCGAACACGAUGCGCAUGGAUACGCCAAGCGUUGCGACCGCCGGGACCGGGACGCCGCCGCCACCCUCGCACCAACCUCGAAUGGAGGAGAACUCGCACUUGGUGCGCUUGAUCAUCUGCGAGAUCCCACGGAGCCGGAGCCCGAGCCCCGUCCGGGGCCGAGGACGCGGGCGGAAGCAGAGAUGCGUCAGCCGAAAGCGUAAAUAAAACGGUGCCCAAAGCGA